AUGUCUGCUGCUACAAAGAAGCCUCCGGCGGGUGGUGUUGGCCGAGUUUCUCAUACCGAAUCUAAUUCUUCAACAAGUCCUUCUCCCUCACGUUCCAACUCUCGAUCUACUACUCCUACCAGCAAUGGCCAUACCCGCACUCGAUCGCUACGCACAACUGCGCCUGUGUCGGCCCGUGCUGCUAUUGCCAGAAGGGAUACUCUGAGUGCUGCUGAAUCAGACGCUCGAGCCGAAGCUGCUGCCGCCGUUGAAGAUCUUCAGAAGCGCCUAGAGAAUGAGGAGAAGUCUUCCCUUCAAUACAAGCGCCAGGUCGAGGUUCUCCAGUCCAAACUCGAUGAGGCGGUCAAGGAGUCGGCGAAGUUGGAGGAGAAAGCGCACGAAUACGAAGAACAGAUUGAGACUCUGAGUAACGAGAAGAGGGAGAUGACUCGUCAGAUGCGUGAGAUGGAGUCCAUUUACGAAGCGGAACGCAGUUCGAUUCUUAAAGAGAAGGAAGAAAUGGCCAGCCGAGAAGAGGAGAUGCAGGCCAUGAUCCAGCGGCUCAAGGACAGCCUUGCCCAGCGAAACAACAUGGCGGAAGAGAGUCGCCCUUCGAGACAACGUAUGUCCACAUAUUCAUUCUCUCUGCCAUCUUCCCCGCUCACUGGUUAUCCAGAUUCUGCCGGCUCAUCGCCAUCGCUCGAAAAUGGCAGCUUCGCACCUCCAUCCUCUAUACAGCGCAGCGACUCGCGGAAUAGCUCGAAACUCAUUCUUCAGAAAGAUAAGCUCAUUGAGUCUCUACGACUGGAACUCGCCGAGGCUCAGAUUAAGCUGGUCGAGUCAGAGAACCAGGGUGGUGGUCGCCUGCACGAGGUCGAACGACUCCUCAUGGAGGCUCGCAUGGCGAACGCUCGACUUAUGGAGGACAACGAGAGCUACCAGCUGCUUCUACAGGAGCGUACACUUAAGGGUGACUUUGGGCAGAACGACUUCAGCUACAUGGGCAGCAACUCCAACCAGGACGCCCUGGCUGCACUCGAGGGCAAGGCUGCUGGUUCUAGUCUUGCUGAUGAGUUGUCUGAGGCUACUGAGGGGGAAUCUGUCUCCGAUGGUGACCGCCGUCUUGAGGCCGAGCUGAAGUCCAUGAAGGAGCAGAACAAGGCGCUCACACUAUAUAUUAACAAGAUUAUUGAGCGCCUUCUUCAACAUCAGGACUUCGAGUCCAUCCUCGACCAGUCGAGCGAUUUGAAAAGCCUCCCAGAUACCAACAAGGAGCUUCCUCCGGCCCCUGCCGACAAGCAGCAGUCCGGGGCAACAAUCCUCCAGCGAGCCAAAUCCAUGGCGGUCGGGCCUACCAAACCGAGGCCUAGGCCAAUCUCCGUCAUGCAGCCCUCCACCAGCUCAAACCACACCGACCCUGACAAGGCACCUAGUAUACCGAUCGGGUUAUCACGUUCAACCAGUACAAGACGGAAUCCACGGCCUCAGAGCGACCAAUAUACUGGGGCUGCCAGCCUGGUCAGCCAGAUGUAUCGGGGGCCAGACGGCCCCGUCUCUCCACCACUUGGGACUCCACGGCAUUCCCAAACCUUCUUCUCCCCGCCGAACAACUCGGGCAACCCUAACGCGGCCGCCCGGGUGCCUAGCGGAGCCUCGGUGGCCACCUCCGGCAACUUUCCUGGGAUGCGGAGUGAGACGUCCAGCUUGAGCGGAGAGUCUGGAGAGUUAUCCAUGUCGACGCCGCCCUCGCAAUCACCACCCCGAACCCACAAUGAUAGGCACACAACGUCGUUCGCGGGAGGCAAGCCGAGGCCGCUUCGACUGGUCCAGGAGAACCAGGAGGCUGUCAAGGAGAACAAGCGAGCCAGCUGGUACUCGCCAUUCACCUGGGGGGCCAAGAAGGAGGACCAGCAGGUACCGUCCGGCAACCACAUUCCCGAGUAG